AUGUAUUUGUUCAUCUUAAGAUACAUCGCAAUAUCAUUUGCUUUUCCUCAAUUCACAAGUCUCAUACAAAGACCAGAAUGGAUUAAGUGUGUACAGAAACAGUCAAAAAUCAAUCGGCCAAAAAGACUCGUACAGGAAGUUAAUUGUGUAAAAAUAAUUGAAGGUGAUGUAACAGAAAUCCAAAAAGCAGAGAAAAUAACUCAAAAGGACCUUGGAUUUAUACCCGACGAGACAUACGUCAAUUUCACCAAAGAUUGUGACACAUUCAAAUAUUUGAGAGGUUAUAUUCUGGAAGAGAUGGUUUUAAAAACCGAAAAGGCAUUCCCUAUCGCUUUCAGUAUUCUCCUCUAUAAAGAUGUGGAACAGGCUGAAAGGACUCUCCGCGCUCUCUACAGGCCACAUAACAUAUACUGUCUUCACGUGGACCUCAGUGCUGAUCCUGUUAUUCAUAAGGCUGUGAGGGCACUCGUCAAAUGUUUUGAUAAUGUAUUUGUAAGUUCUAAAUUGGAGGAUGUUAUAUAUGCUGGGAUGACAAGAGUGAAGGCGGAUCUAAACUGUAUGGCAGAUUUACUAAAGUCUGAUGUUCAAUGGAAAUAUUUCAUCAAUACACCGAGUCAGCAGUUUCCGUUACAGACUAAUUUGGAGUUUGUUAAAAUAUUGACUCUUUAUAAUGGUUCAAAUGACAUUGAAGGAAUCACGCAGCCCACUCGAAUGAUGAUAUCGAGGAUUACAAACAAAUAUGUUAUUGAGAAUGGUACAAUGGUAAGAACUGAUGAAAAGAUGGGAAAACCACCUCAUAAUAUUACUAUAGUCAAGGGUAGUGCUUACGGGGUAUUUAGUAGGAAAUUCGUCGAUUUUAUACUUCAUAACAAAGUGUCGAAGGAUUUGCUCGCCUAUCUAUCCGAUGUUAAUAGCCCAGACGAGUACUACUGGUCUACACUAAACCAUGACCGAAAUAUUGGGGCACCUGGAGGUUACACUGGUGUUCCUGACGAGAAACCCUUUCUGGCAACAUAUGCAAAUUGGGGAGGACCUUGUCACGGCAAAUAUGUAAGAGGAAUGUGCAUUUAUGGUUUGGGUGACCUCACCGAAUUGGUAUCGAGGAAGGAAUUAUUUGCAAACAAGUUUCAUUAUGAUUACCAACCUUUAGCUCUGAGCUGUUUGGAAGAAUGGCAUGUAAACAAAACGUUUGUCGAUUUGCCGUUUAAAUCAUAUUACUACAGACAGUUACCUUUUCGUGGUUGA